AUGUCCUCAAGGUUACCGGCGAUGCCAACUCUUCAAGACAAAGACGUCAAGUUUGUUGGCAAAGAUGCCGAGCCUAAGGUCGGCAUGAGAGUGAAAAUGGCUCCCAAUCUUCGCCAGCACGGACUGGGAACCAUCUAUGACAUCGGGAAAGGCGAUGUUGGAGUCGCAUGGGAUGGUGGACGCAUGGAUCGUGUUCUCGUGUCUGGCGUGCAGAAUGGAGAACUCUCCCUGGUGACUGCAAACAUUGACAGCACCUACUCGAGGACAAGGUCGCACACCUCGGCCGACAAGGCUCCCACCAACAACAAGGCCUUAUCAUCCCUCGCUGAGGAGCUGCAGGAUGACCUCGAGCGUGUGGAGGAGAAGACUGCUCUCCUUCGUGCUGCAGAAAUCGAGGCAAGACGACGUGCUGAAGAGGAGCUUGCCAUCGCUCUGAAGGAGGCAGAGGAGUGCAAGAAGACCAAUGAGAAGCUCAACAAGGACGUCUCUGGACUGAAGGAUACCCUCAAGGCAACAGAGAAGAAGUACACGGAGCAGGUCGCAGACUUGAAAGCAGAUUACGAACAGCAGCUUUCUUCGCUCAGAGAUGCUCGUAACGAAGCAAUCAACGAGCGGGAUCAGAAAGAAAUCGCUCGUUCGAAAGAGCAAUUGCAGAAGGAGAUUGCUCAAGGAAAAGCCAAGGAAGAGGAGGUUUUGAAGCAAGAUGCGAUCAAAAAGUCCGAGGAAUACUUCAAGGCCAAGACUCAGGCUGAGGAGAAGACUGCGGCUGCUGAGAAGGCGGAACGAUUGGAAGCCGAGAAACGCAAGGAGGCGGAGGAUCGGACCGCUGCAGCUCUCAGCAAGCAGAAGGAAGCUGAGAACGCUAAGGUCACCGCUGAAGCAAGAGUGGUUGUCUUGGAGAAGGAUGUCGCAGCUGCCGAAGCCGCUCGUGCCCGCCAGGAGAGCAUCGCAACCGCCGAGGCGAAGGCAAGGCACACUGCCGAGCAGGAGGCAGCAAAAGAGCUUGCGAAGGCCCUGGACUUCCAGAGGAAGGCCGAGCUGGCCAUCAUUGCCCAGCAAGAGGCCCUUGCGAGAGAGGAUGCAGCAUUCCACCAGGCGAAGCUCGACAGGCAGAAGUUGGCUGAGGCCGAGAUGAAGGUUGCUGAGAUGAAAGAGGCUGUCACGCAAGCGGAACAAGCACAAGAGAUUGCCGAGCGAUCAGAGGCCGCCAUGUCCCAGCAACUCACCCGAAUGCAGGCAAGCUUGUGCAGUUUGGCUCUUGAGGCAGCUGAAGCUGCCGCUGAGCACGCCAGGCAAGCAGCUGCUCAAGCGAAGGCCAACGCAGAGAGGGCCGACGGUCUCCGAAAGAUUGCAGAGGAGGAGACUCUCCUUGCGGAGGCAGCCAAACAGCGAGCGAUAGCGAAUGCUGAAGCUGAAGCCAAAGCUCGCAAGAGGGCGGAGCAGGAUUGCGCCAUGGAGAGCAAGCUUCGCGUUGCCGCCAAGGCUUCUCUUGCCGCUGCUCUCGAGGACUUGAGCAAGAUGAAGGCUGCUUUCGACAGCGAGAAUGCUCUUCGCAGAGCUGCUGAGUCGGACCUUGCCAAUGAGAAGAUCCUCCGCAAGCAGGCAGAGGAAGCUCUUGCUCAGAGCAACGACGAGAAGGCCAGACUGAUUAAGGCCAGAGACAGUGCCCUGGCUGACGCGCAAGCAAGAAGAGAUGAGCUGGCAGCUCUGAAGAAGGAGAUGGACGAUCUCCUUGCCAAACUCCGCAAGGCCGAGGAUGACCUUGCCGUCGCUCUCCGCGAGAAGGCUUCGGCUGAGCAGAAUGCGCAGGAUCUUGCUCGCAAGCUGCAGGAGGUGAGAGUGCGGAACCUGGAGCUCGAGAAGGCCAUGCAAGACCUCGAGGCUCAGCUCCGUCUGCUCCAGGAGCAGCUGAAGAGAGAGGUGGAGAGCCGCAAGAGGGCGGAGUCGGAGGCUAUCACCGAGCGCGAGAGGCAGAUUGAAGCUCUCAAGGCUGAGUCCCGCAUGAAGCUCAGUGCACCUGCUCCUCGUAGGAAGGCAGGAGUCGGUCUCCUUCUCGGGAAGUUUGAUGAUGACCAUCACACACAUGCCGACAAGAUUUACAUCCUCCAGGUGGUGCCUGGAGGAGCAGCCUCCGAGAACGGCUUGAUCCAGGUGGACGACAUCCUCGUCUCCGUUGAUGCCAGGCGUGUCGAGAGCAUGGAGCUCGACCAGGUCUUCAGCAUCAUCCAGGACUGGGAGGGCACCGAAGUCGAGCUCCAAAUGGAGCGUAAGGACGGUUCCAGCUACAACGUCCGUCUCCGCCGCAAGGUCACCCCGCAGUUCCAGUAG